AUGUUGCAUGCACUGUACUUUCUCUUGUCACUACUGUUGGCAAUACCUACUCCCACCCAUGCCUGGUCACGGCCCCUCUGGUAUCAGGUGGGGUUGGACUUGCAGCCCUGGGGGUGCCAGCCAAAUAGCCUAGACUCUUGCAGGAGCAGCUUGGGCUGUCCGAACGGUUGGGUGGGCCUGGGAGGGAACCGCAUCUACCCUGUGGCUGGGGUCAUGAUUACCACCACCAUGAUGCUGGUGAUCAGCCGUGCGAUGCUGCAGCGGUGGCGUUCACAGGACACUAAGGAUAAGCACCCACAGGUGACCACUAGUUGCUACGGACCUUGGAAACGGCGAACUCCAAUUUCAGAUCGUGCCCUACUCUUUGGGGUCCUUCACAUGCUGGAUGCCCUCCUGGUCCAUAUUGAGGGCCACCUGCAGCGUCUAGCUACCCAAAAGCGAAUUCAAAUAAAGGGGACUCCCACCUAG